CCAAUAUUUCAUUUCCACUCAUUAAUUAUUCCAUUCCGCUAAAAAAAAUCCCAAACGGAGUUUAAAUUUCAAUAAAACCGUGAUUUUAUUCUCCAUAAAAAAAUAGAUUAAUUUAAUUUCGUCAUCCGAAUUUCGUCACCGUUGUUUCCGGCGGAGUGUCGAAAGGAAGCAGACGGCGAGAUGUUGUUUCAGGUAGGCGGACAAGGCAGUCGGCCGACGUUCUUCGAGAUGGCGGCCGCCGAUCAGCUUCCGCGAAGUCUUCGCGCCGCUCUGACAUACUCAAUCGGUGUUUUAGCAUUACGAACACCUUUCCUUCAUAAAUUACUAGAUUACGAAGACGAAUCUUUCUCCUUACUCAUGCUCGUUCUCGAAGCUCACAGUUUACGAACAACAGAUGCUUCUUUUUCCGAAUCUCUCUAUGGUCUCCGAAGAAGACCGGUAAAUAUCAAACUCAAUAACGAUAGUGAUGCUGCUGCUACUACUACUACUUCACAGUUACGCAGACGCCAAAAGCUUGUUUCUCUUGUCUUUUUGGUUGUGUUGCCGUAUUUGAAAUCGAAGCUGCAUUCAAUCUACAAUAAAGAAAGGGAAGCAAGGAUUCAAGCCAGUCUUUGGGGAGAUGAAAACGAAUCAUAUGAUUUUGAACAGAAUUCUCUGGUGUCCACGUCAACCUUGGAUGCUCGUGCCUCCGUUACAACACGCAUCACAAAGAGAUUUCAGAAAAUUGUCGGAAUUUGUUACCCCUUGUUACAUGCUGGUACCGAGGGAUUCCAGUUCGCAUACCAAAUGUUAUACCUAUUGGAUGCUACUGGUUACUACUCACUAGCGCUGCACGCACUUGGGAUUCACGUGUGCCGAGCCAGUGGACAAGAGCUGAUGGACGCCUCUUCAAGAAUUUCUAAGAUACGUAGCCGUGAACGUGAGAGACUCCGUGGUCCUCAAUGGGUAAAGACAUUACAGGGAGCAUUGCUCAGCUGUACAUACACUGUACUUGACUAUGCCCAAACCGGUUUGAUUGCAGCAGUUUUCUUCUUUAAAAUGAUGGAAUGGUGGUAUCAAUCUGCUGAGGAAAGAAUGUCGGCUCCAACUGUAUAUCCUCCUCCCCCUCCUCCUCCACCACCAAAGGUAGCCAAAGAAGGGGUACAGUUACCGCCAGACAGAACAGUUUGCCCCCUGUGCUUGCAGAAGCGCGUAAAUCCAUCUGUAAUUACGGUUUCAGGUUUCGUCUUCUGCUAUGCCUGUGUAUUCAAGUUUGUUACUCAGUAUAAGCGUUGCCCAGCAACGAUGAUGCCUGCAACAGUUGACCAGAUAAGGAGACUCUUUCAUGAUGUAUAGUCCCAGUUGGAGCUGCUAUAAACGAGUAGAUGAGUUUGUUGCACUGAUCUAUGUUUAUUUUAGUGUUGGGAGAGGCAAGUAAGAAGCUUAAUUUUUUGUUAUUAUAUUCUCUCAAUUCAUUUGUACAAAGUUCUAGCAAUAAGAUUAUGGCUUCAAUGAUCAUUUCGGGUAUUAUCCUUUGACGACGCUUGCUACAAUAAUAAUAAGAAUCUUUGUCUGCAA